GUUUGUGGAAAUACGUUUCAAAAUCCCAACGGGACUAUUUCUUCCCCAAGAUAUGACGACUUACCUCAAUCAGAGGGCGAACACUGCGAAUGGAGAAUUACAGCUACUCAUGGAGAAAGAAUUGUUUUGAAGAUUCUCAACUUGGAUAUCUUUGAAAGUGAAGACUGCGAAUCAGACUAUUUAGAAAUAAGAGACGGUUAUUGGUAUAAAUCUCCACUUCUGGGCAGAUUUUGCGGCAGAGGACAAGCUCCAGAUAAACUUAUGACGUCAGGCUAUCGUAUGCUGAUCACCUACAUGAUGUCAACCAAUCAAAAUAAACAUAAAGGUUUCACAGCACAGUUUGAAGCAAUAUGUGGUGGAGAUGUUGUAAUGGAAGAAGGAGUUCUACAAAGCCCAAAUUAUCCGGAAGAUUACAGACCGCACAAAGAAUGUGUAUGGAAAAUAAACGUACCAGAAACAUAUCAGGUGGCGCUUCACUUCCAAUCGUUUGAGAUCGAGAACCACGACAACUGCGUUUAUGACUACGUGGAGAUCAGAGAUGGACAUUACGUCACGAGCCCUCUACUAGGAAAAUUUUGUGGAUAUAAGAUUCCAGAUGAAGUCCAUUCGAGAACAAAUAAGAUGUUGGUUAAAUUUCAUUCUGAUGCGUCAGUCGAAAAAGCUGGAUUCUCUGCAACCUUCAUCAAAGAAUACGACGAGUGUUCGGGCAAGGGUCAUGGGUGUGAACACACCUGUAUCAACACCUUGGGAGGAUAUAGAUGUGAGUGCAAGAUUGGGUACGAACUCCAUUCCGACGGGAAGAAAUGUGAAGACGCCUGUGGAGGAUUUAUUGAUGCAGCGAAUGGAACCAUUACCAGCCCUUCCUUUCCUGACCUGUACCCUCAAAAUAAAAAGUGUGUAUGGGAAAUUACCGCUCGACCACAAUUCCAAAUUACCCUGAACUUCACGCACUUCGACUUGGAAGGAAAUAACCAAGACUGUGAGUACGACAGUCUAGAAAUUCACAGUAAAAUGGACGACAAUGUAGUUAGAAAACAUGGAAUAUUCUGUGGCUCCCGUUUGCCACCUAUCAUAACUUCGGAAGGAAAUAACCUUCGAAUUGAAUUCAACUCUGAUAAUUCGGUUCAGAAAAGUGGAUUUGCCGCAGUAUUUUUCACAGACAAAGACGAAUGUACCACAGAUAACGGGGGAUGUCAACACAUCUGCAAGAAUGCGAUAGGAAGUUAUAUGUGUGCUUGCCAUAAUGGCUUCAUUCUUCAUGAAAAUCGACAUGACUGUAAAGAAGGAAGCUGCACUCAUCACAUCACUUCCUCCAUUGGAGAGAUUAUCAGCCCUAACUACCCAGACUUCUACCCCAGCAGGAAAGAAUGUGCGUGGUUAUUCACCGCCACUCCGGGACACAGAAUCAAAUUGAUCAAGCAGUUGGAGUUUAGUGCCAAAGUCGUGACCCCGGUGUGGGAGCAGAGAGUGGUUGAAAAAAAGACUUUUUUAGCAGAAGAGUUGAUUUAA